AUGCUGUCAUCGGCUGCUCUCGCGGCCACUCGUCGCGUGCUCACCAGCACCGGCGCAGCAGCUCCAUUGCGCCAAUCCGUCGUCCUUGCAGCUCGCGCACUCGUUCUGCGUCCUGCCGCGCCCUCUUUGCGGCUAAUCAGCACCUCAGCGCCCCUGCGCGCGGCUGCAACGAAGGCGACCAAGUCCAAGUCAACAAAGAGCUCCACCAAGAAGCCGGCCACCAAAAAGACAGCAAAGCCCAAGGCUAAGAAGCCGGUCAAGAAGAAGGCUGUCAAGAAGAAGGUCGCGGUCAAGAAGCCAAAGAAGGCUGUCAAGAAGAAGGUGUUGACAGACGAGCAGAAGGACAGGCUCGAGGUUAGGAGGCUGCGACAGAUGGCGCUGCUGAAGGGACCGACUUUGCUUCCGGAGACGGCAUGGAGCGUGUUUAUGAUUGACAACAUCCGUGCUGGAGAAGGUAAUCUCGUGGACAAGGUCAGGGCCCUUGCUACUAGCUUCAAGAAUCUGCCCGAGUCUGAGAAAGAGCGCAUGGCAGCGGUCGGACAAUCUAACAGGAUUGCCAAUCAAGAGGCGAAGAAGAAGUGGAUUGAGUCUUACCCUCCCGAGGCAAUCCACGCUGCCAACCUCGCCCGUCGUCGCCUGGCUCGCAAAACAGACAAGUCCAAGGUCUACCUCAUUCACGACGAGCGCAUUCCUCAGCGCACUGGAUCCGGCUUCACAUUUUUCAUCAAGGAGCACUUCAGUGAGAACGAUGGCUCGCCUAAAGAUGCCAUGCGCAGUCUCAGCGAACGCUGGAAGACUUUGAAUAACGAAGAGAAGGCCCCUUACCUGAAAAAGGCUGCUGACCUUGGCGAGUCAUCAGGAGCGCAGCUGAAGGAGCUACGAGAGAAAGGCGCCAAGUACUGGAAGGAGAAGCUUGCCGCAGGCAAGGAGUAA